GCCGCCACUUCCAAGACAUUUCACAACUCCAAUAUAAACUAUAAAUAGAGCUCUGCUUUAACUUCUUUUCAUCAAUUCCUAAAGAAAAAAAGAAAUGGCGGCUUCCACUAGAUUUUUCUCUUAUUUCAAUCAACUUAUCAAUAGUUUCUUCUUCUCAUGGCUUCCUCAAGCAUUAAGGUUUCUAAUGCUUGUAUUUUUUGUUACAAUCAGUUCAUACGUACAGAGACAAGAAAAACAAAAAUUCAGGAAAAUCAUAAACAAGAAAAGCACUAAAUUCGUGUACAAAAAGAGGAAACUGCUUGGAUUUGCUGCUAACGAACCACUUGAUUGUGCUAUUUGUUUAUCGGAUUUUGAGCACGGAGAUAAAGGCAGGAAAAUUGAAAAGUGCAAUCAUAUGUUCCAUGAAAAUUGCUUAGACAAAUGGCUAAUGCACGGCAAGGGACAAGCCACGUGUCCGCUUUGCCGGAGCGUAAUUAUACCGGAGAAUAUGGUGGAAGUUCACCGGAAAGUUGAAGAUGAAGGACUUACGUUUACUAUCUUUGAGGAAGAACUUGCUCUUUUGUUGCUCUCUGGUUUGACUAGUGGAUGUUCUAGUCAAAGGUGUUUCUAAUUUAAUUAUCACAAAUUCGAUACAUUCUUUUUAUUUUAUUUAAUGUCAAAAGAAAAAUAUUCCUUUAGCAUGUACAGGAAAGAAUUGUAUCAAUUCUUGCUUGCGAGGAACAUAAUUUUCUUUCAUGUAAUAUAAGGGUUGGAUUUGGGAGCUACAGAAUGAUCUAAAAAGGGUCAUAGCUUAUUCAACUUGCAGUCAAUUAGGCUA